CCGGCUGUCAGAGAUUUUAAAGAUGGCGACCAGAGGGACGCUUCGCCUCCGCAGCAUCUCCGCCUGUUUGGCCGUUUUUCUGGGCGCGUUGAACGUGCUGAACACGGCCAGCUGCGAUGAGCAGGUGCCGCUUAUUCUGUGGACCAGUGAAGGGAUCUCCCUUCCACGUCAGUCUCCUCCUGCAGCGGGUCACAUCGUUGGGCAGCAGCAGCUGACCUCUUACCUGGAGAAGGUUCUGAAUGAGGGCCCAAAAAACGUAGUGCUGUUCCUCCAGGACAAGAUGAGCAUUGAGGACUUCACCAUGUAUGGAGGGGCUUUUGGAAACAAGCAGGACACUGCUUUCCCCAACCUGGAGGGGGCUCUGAUGUCCUCGUCCUCCCCUCUGGUGUUACCCGCUGUGUCCUGGCCUGCCUCCAAUGCAGUGAUUGGCCAGCUGCAGGACCAAUUGGACACCUCCCCUCUGUACAUGGACCCUGAGACGCUCAGUCAGCUGAGACUGAACGGCUCCUCCCCCGCCCUGCUGGUGUUCAGGCUGCCGUACGGCAUCGGGGCUGAUCUGAUGUCUGCAAAAGAGAUUCUCAGUGGAAACGAUGAGGUGAUUGGUCAGGUGUUGAGCACCAUGAAGACCCAGUCUGUCCCGUACACCGCCAUCUACACGGCGCUGCAGCCCUCCAGGGAGGCGGCGUCUCUUUCCAUGGAAGCCGGUCUCGGCGGAGGACGCUCUCUCCUGCAGGCCAGAGGGGGAUAUCGGGAGAGGGAGAGAGAACGGGAGAGGCAGCGCAGGAUCAAGGAGAAGGCUGGAACCUACGCCCCUGUGGAGUAUAAGGUGGAGGAGCUCACUUCAUCUUCCUGCUGCGUUAGACAUGGUUUGUCAACAGAUAGAACAAUAUGCAAUAAUGCCAGCUUCAUCCUCAGCUCUCUCUCCCUGUCUUUCUCUCCAGGAGGGGAGGAAACCUGUAUCCUCCUGUGGGCUAAAUCCCUGUCGGUGUACACCCUUCGGAGCGGGCGCUGGGAUUUCCACGACCUGACCCCGUCCACCUUUGGGGAGGGCGUCAUCCCAAAACUCCACGGCUCAAGCUGCGACAAAACCAAAGCCAAGUUGGUUCUUAAUUAUGAGAAUGUCCUCGGCUACCUCAACUUCAAACUGAUCUUUGCAAUGAGCCAGCGUCACUACAAAGUGUCUGCACGCCGCUGGUUCACGCUGGACACGGUGGAGCUGGAGUACAACGGGACCAAAGCCAAGUUCAACGGCAGCCGGAACGUUUACGCCCCCGCCGAGUACUCGUACCGCUGCGAGUCCGUCACCAACUUCCGCUGGCCCCUGCUCGUCCCACGCUCCUUCAACGACCCGGCCAAUCAGUGGAGGGUCUCCUUUGAGGACUUCCAGAUCCAGGGCUUCAACUUGACCGGCAACGAGUUCUCCUACGCCAGCGACUGUGCAGGCUUCUUCUCUCCUGGUAUCUGGAUGGGUCUGAUGACCAGCCUCCUCAUGGUGCUGGUGCUCACCUACGGCCUCCACAUGAUCAUGCAGCUCCGCACCAUGGACCGCUUCGAUGACCCCAAGGGACCGGCCAUCUCCGUGCCCCAAACAGAGUAACACACACAAGACUUCCCAUCGUUCCUCCUCUCCGUCUCUUCAAGACUUCCAGUCCCACUCUUUCCAUUCCACUCCCUGUUCAUCUGUAGUUGGGCAUUCUACACACUGAUUAGUGGUGUUGUCAGAAUAAGGGAUUAGUCAUUACUACUUAAUGUGCAAUCUGAGACUGAAGAAGACCCAGUUUGUGCUUCUCAUGUAGUAGCGUUACAUCGGUGGUUUAACUCUUAAAGCUCUCCGGAAGGUUCUUCUACAAUCCUCAUAGUCUCUUCUCACCUAAAAUAUGAAUCUGCUUUAAAGGGAGAUUUCUCUGGUUGUGACUUUGUUUUCUAAUCCAAACAAAGAUGGUAGCUGGAAAUGACAUGUCUUUGCGUAAAGAGACUUUCAUCAAAAUUAUUAAAUAGAAAUGUGAAAAGAAAUAGUCGCAAUUUAUAGCAAAAUAAGUUAAAAAUGUAUAAAAGAGUGCUGCAGGAACGAGUUAAAUCUGUUGUUAACACACGUUUAGUUCUAAAUGUUCUCUUAAAAAUGACGUCAUCAUGGCAACGUGAGCUUUUUACUUCUGCUGAUUAUGUUCACGCUUCAAAAACCAGAGAUUCUUUCUGCAAUAAUCCAGAAAAAAAAUCAAUGAAAAUAAACCUUUUUGUCAAGAGAAUCAGUGCAGCAAACUUAAUAUAUAUAUAUAUAUUAUAUAUAUAUAUAUUUUUAAAUUCAGAUGGGCAGAAGAGUCUUCCUGAAGAACUUGUUGUUAAAUCACUUUCGAGGUCUUUGGAACAUUAACGAUAAUACACGAGGAGCACAAACUGGAUCUCGUUUUUUCAGGUGGAUAAAUGUUCCCCAUGAAAGUUUUACAAUUGUACAUACAGGGACAAAAGUAACUUAUGAAAAAAUGAAUUAUGAAAUGCUAUUUAUUGGUGAAACUAAUUUGUGUGUCUGUGUUUACAAUUGUGUUUUGUGUCUGUGAGUAGACGAGUGAAAUGAAGGGACUACUUUCUCUGUAUGGAUGACAGAUUAAUCAUAUCCGUUGCACACAGGUAACUCAAAGGGACAAUUCAGAUCUGCUGUUCAGUGAGGAAAUGAAAAACAUGGAAGGACAGCAUUCAAACGUUAAUCAUGUCCUUGGUUGUCUCAUCCAAACAUGAGCUUAACGCACUGGUUUAAUUUACAGAACAUUAUUAUUUGCACAUUUAUUUAACACAUGUCAUAAACACUAUUUCCACAGAACUGAUGUGCACUGAAUUAUGCUCAAUGUGAAAUUAUUAUUUGACGGUUUGUUCAUUUCUUUUGAUGAUUUGUAGUGAAUAUCAAUGCUGUAAUGUCGUGUUGCUGCUGUGACCCCAAUAAAACAUCUG